AUGGAAACCACCGUCUCGAUUUACCACGGCCCGUACGAGUCCAUCCCUGACAACGCUUCACCAGGCCUUAAGUUUCUAAAACGAUUCCUACCAGCACUAGACUCCCUAACCCCCGGCGAAAAUGUGAUCAGCCCUUUCUUCACAUCCAGCGCCCCCAUCCUCAUCGCCAGCGAUCCACCAACAACCGCAAGCCAAGCAGUCCCUAUCCUCGAAGUGCGCAGCCGACAUACCUCCAAAUUCCACCACCAUGUUGAUCUCGCCUGGGAUAUAGACCUUCGAGGUGACACAGGCCCCAUCAAUACGUCGUACAGCAGGACUGCUCCAAACGCGGACGCCGCCCAAAAAGGACAGCUCUAUGCUCCGCUAGUAGGGAACAUACAGAUGAAGCGCACGGUUAUGUUUGAAGCGACAUCGGAAACAACCUUCAGGGAGGAUCCCGACCAGUUCGCAGUUCGAGUCCGUGAGUUCAACAUCCUCGACUUGGAAGGCCGCGACGAGUCGGAUCUGCAGAUUGUUGAGAUGCGUAUCUUUUUGGACCAGAGACCUCUCCAGGCUCAUUCUGCGAGUCUAUUCACGGGCUCCGGCUAUUCCGGAUCUUAG